AUACGACGAGGAUGCUAAAUGGGUGAUCCUGAGCAACAAGUAAUGCGCUCGAGGAGUCCAGCCUCAUUGAUAAGUGGUGAUUCAUCCAAUUUUAACGUACGACUCAAAAACUUUGGUACCGCGCCUGAACGGAGAGUAUGCAUAGAUCUCCCUCGGGAGGUCGUCAGAGUUGAUAGGGACUAUCAAUUCGGAGAAAUCUGGCAAUUCGCUAGGAGUUUUCCUAUGGAGCUAGAAGGGCGUCUAAACCCAGAGCAAUAUCAUUUCGCGAUACACGAGAUAAAUUACCAGUUAUCGCGAGCAUUCAAUCCCUGGUAUGCGGUUUUAGAUCAUUUAUGCGAUAUAGCGAGUUUCUACACUCUCAGUUUAUUCAAACGCACUUACUUUGAGAAGCGAAUAUCAGAAUUAGAGGGCACGCUUAAUUAUUUGAAUUACAAUUUAUUCAAUCCUGCGGGAUUGAAUAUACUCAACCCAUCAAUCAUUGGAUUCCUCUAUCUCGAAAUUGAGUACUAUUAAGUACAGUACUAUUGACCUAUUUAAACACAUGCUAAGUUCACUGAAACACACUCCUUACACUACUUCACUUAAUCACUAACUUGUAUUAUAAUACCCUUAAUUAUUCGAAAUACACGCUGUUCUGGUAUACACUUUACAUUACACUACUCACUGAUAUUACAUUCUACUAUCCCUGAAUACAGGCUUUCGCUUUUCCAAAUGAGCAGAAAGCGCUUCCUUGACAUCUCCAGAUUGCAGGGCGACAGAGUUGUGCGUAGCUGUGAAUGCGAGGCUGUC